UGGUAUUCUACUAUUUUAUAGUUAGUUCCUCUAAACUAAAGUUAGCCCGAGCUUAGUUAAUCAGCACUUAGUCAGGACCUCCAUACUAAGUGUAGAUUAUCUCUUGUUGGUAUUCUGAUAGCAAGGUCUAGCUAACCCUCAGACUAAGUCUAGACUAAAUCUUAAUCCGAGCUUAAUGUUCAACCACAGAUUAUUCACCAUGGUGAUGUAGUCUGCUUCUACUGCGCAUGCUCAGUUGAUCUAUAGCCUAUCGUUGUAUCGUCUGCUCUCAUCUCCCAAGAUGGCUUCACAUACUUCCAAACCAAGAGGUCCAAGGUCCGCUAAUUGGACAGCGGACGAAAAGAAUUGUCUCCUUCAACUAGUUUCAGAAAGAGUGCAUAUCGUGGAAUCCAAGAGGAAUGACUUCGAAACUGUGUCGAGCAAAUCAAGUGCAUGGGAUGACAUUUCCGAAAAAUUUCAUGCCCGAUACGUUCGACAAGGGGGGGCAAAAUCAUGUUUGGAACAGUGGAAAAGGAUGAAGCAAACUGCCAAGACAGAAUGGAGCCAUUAUAGACAGGCUAUAAUGAAAACAGGAGGAGGUCAAGUGGAGGCAAAAAUCUCUCAGAUGACCUCCGUCCUGCGGGACAUCAUCCCAAACGAGUUCAAGCAGAUACACAAUCCUUUUGAUGACGAUGCGUCGGUGACGCAAUACAAUGAUGAAGCAGUGUCUGCCCUAGAGUAUCUUGGAGGAGCCCCGAAACAGGCGAAAGUGAUACAUCUAUCUCAGGAGUUCGAAAUCACCUAUUCUGACGACAACCCUGAGUUCAUCGGACGUCAAGAGACUAAAGAACAACACACUGUCACUCCCUCUCUCCCAAGUCAUCAUCUUAAUGAGACCACUACCAUCUGCAACUCUGCAUCAACAUCAACAAGCAACCAAGCACUUCCUUCCCCAUGGACAAAAUCUAAGAGACAGAGAAGUGAGAGAACACCAACUCCUUCCCCCCAUCCUGAGUCAUCCUUGGAAGAACAACACACUGUCACUCCCUCUCUCCCAAGUCAUCCUCUUAAUGAGACCCUUCCAUCUGGAACUCUGCAUCAACAUCAACAAGCAACCAAGCACUUCCUUCCCCAUGGACAAAAUCUAAGAGACAGAGAAGUGAGAGAACACCAACUCCUUCCCCCCAUCCUGAGUCAUCCUUGGAAGAACAACACACUGUCACUCCCUCUCUCCCAAGUCAUCCUCUUAAUGAGACCCCUUCCAUCUGGAACUCUGCAUCAACAUCAACAAGCAACCAAGCACUUCCUUCCCCAUGGACAAAAUCUAAGAGACAGAGAAGUGAGAGAACACCAUCUCCUUCCCCCCAUCCUAAGUCAUCCUUGGAAGAAGUGAUGAAAGACUUGGCGCUGCAGGAGCACAACACCAAAAUACAACACAUGGAGAAAGAACAUUCUCUCAGAGUAGAAAUCCUCGAACUCGAGAAGAAAGUACUAUUAAAGAAAAUGGACCAACUGAACUGCCAACUUGAAAUAUAGUUGUGUUUGGUUCGUUUGGCAACUGCAUCAUUUGAUCUUUCAUAUAGACAUUAAAGGGGUAAUAAUUCGAGUUCUUGAAGUGUACUUUGUGCAUCUGU